CUCCAAGCCGGAAGUGAACUAAAGAAGUCAAGAUGGGUACUCGUUUGAAGGUCCUAAACGCGUUUAAAGCGCUGCACAAAACACGUUCAGCUGUAUUUAAAGACGAUGCCAGAGCACUGGCAGCUGCAAGAUUAAAGAUCAAUGAGGAAUUCCGGAAAAACAAAAAUGAAACGUCAGAAGAAAGCAUUAUGAAGAUGAUCAAAAUGGGCUCAAAUGUGGAAGCUGUUCUUCGAGAGGGUGUGAUACAAAUGGAACAUGUUGGAGAUAAGAAACUCUUGCUUCGACCUAGAGAGGGCCUUCUACUAGAAAAUGUACCUUAUUGUGACCAGCCCAGGAGAAAGUCAUGAGGGGCCAUCUCAUUGCAGCUCUUUCAUAAAAAUAAAUAAAAAAGAGACUCACUAUCAUCUAGUACCAUCCGUCUGCAUUUUAAAGGAUUUAACCCAAAACAACAUUUCAACUUGUUCAGGAUCUCAUGAAUAAGGAACAUUUCAAAGAUCAUCACUGUAUGGGGAAAUGCCUUGUUUUGAUUCACUGAAGAUCUCUGCUGUUCUGUUUUAACAAAUCUCUGCUAUAAACUGGAUGCCAUAAUUUCAUGUACAGCAUGUUGUAAAAUGUAAUUAAUUGAAAUGCGUUUUCAUUUAUUUGGGGAGUUUUCCGCCUGCUUUUACGCUUGUGAUUCAACUGAACUAGGGGGGUUCUCUUCUGCUACUUAAAUGUUUUAUUUUAUUCUUAAUAAAGAGAAGUGUUCCCAGACUUUAA